AUGGGUACCUACGACGGCCCGCGGAGAGUGGCGGGUCUCUACGCGCGGGACGCUGUUCUCUGGGGAACGGAGGUGUUCGCCCCGUUGGAUGAGGCUCGCGGGGCGACGAUGGUCUCGUCAGAAGUGGUCCGCGAUACCCCUGAGCAAAUCUACGCUUAUUUCGACUGCUUCGCUCGGCUGCCGGGCUUGAAGCUGGUGGAGUUCCUCCCGCAGCGGGUGCGCGUGUACGGCGACUUCGCGGCGCAGACCGGAAUCCACAUCUUCGCGUGGCGGCGGGGAGAUGGGGGGGAGGGCGGGGAGGUGGAGGUGCGGGCCCGCUUCAGCUUCACCUUCCGGAGAAGAGACGACGGCGAUUGCGGCAGGCCAAACGCUUGGAUGAUCGUGGAGCACUGUUGCUCCUUGGAGUCGCCAGACGCCGCCGUUGCCGUGCCAACUGCGCGGCAGAGCUGUCCGGGAGGCCCGGAGCAGGGGGAGGAUGAGGUGGUGAACGGCGAGCUGGAAGCGGCGGCGCUCUCAUGCGCGGACCCCCCUGCACCAACGGAACCCGUUGCAUCCACGGAGCCCCCCGCACCCGGGGCCGGGGGGGGGAGCGGUGCACAAGACAUCCCCCGCGUUCCGCACAGCUUCCUGCUUGCCGAGUGCGGCAAUACCGAGAAGGCGUUCGCGAGAUGGAAAGCCACGUUGCUGUGGAGAGAAGAGUCGGGGGCCAACACGGCCUUGGCCACCCCGCACCCCCGCUUCGACCUCAUCAAGAAGCACUACCCCACCUACUUCCACGGAAAGGAUAAGACGGGAGCGGUGGUCUACUACGAGCAGCUGGGGCAGGUGAAGGACGACUUGCUACGACGGGAAGGCUUGGACGGGAAGCAGAUGCUCUGGCACUACAUGUACCAGCGGUCCGCACAUCUGCUUCUCCUGAGCUGGCCGCGAUGGUUCGACUGGAUAUACCGUUUCAUUCGACCUCUCCUUUCGGAGUCCACCAAGAGCAAGAUGACCUCUUGCACGGCGAACAGCGUGUACGAGACGCUCCUGUCGAAGAUCGAUAACGACCAGAUCCCCAAGGAGUACGGAGGGGCGUCCGAGUACGCGCUUGGGGAACACCCUUACGAGAGUGACACGGAGUUUGUGUGGCACUUCCUAGGCCGGAUAGUGGAGGUAGGUCUUGAGUGUGUGCGCGGUAAAAGUGGCGCGAGGUAA